GGAAGAAGAAGGGCAGUUAAUCCUCGCUACCACGCGCAACCCUCCGCGCUACCCUCCCGGCGCGAUGGGUCCCACCACCGAAACGUGAAACGCCUACCUAUCACCGCGCGCGACCACGUGCGGCUCUUUUUCUCGGCGCCAACGCGGAUCCGGUUAAAAUUGAUGAAUUAUGCGUAUUCCCUUGUUCGACGUGAGUCUGUUUCAUUCAGUACUCCAUAUCGAUACUUAACGUUUCACAAAAUUGCUGAAUUAUGUGUAUUCCUUUAUCGAGGUGCGUCUGUUUUAUUCGGUAUCAAUAGUUCCACGGUGCCUCGGAUCUUCCUCGGUCUCGCAGCUCUCGCGGCCGAGCAAGAUGCGCCAGAUUGACGUAUCACGAGUGACGAGAAAAAUGACGCGUCCGCGUUACGAGGCUGCCGAUAAUUAUUGAAUCGCGUAAUGAAAACAAACCGCGUCAGCGUCCGAAGACUGAAAGACUACUUUGCCGAAUGUUUCCCCAACUCUGCGGGCUCGAAAUCGCGGAAUUUCGCGAGACAAGCAUGCAGGGUGUACGUGACUCAAGGGUGCCCAUGGCUCCCGCGAAAAUCGUAACACCGCUUGCGGCAGAGAGAAAGGAAAGGAGAGGGGGAGAAAAAGAGUGACACCCGUCUCUUUCCGAGCGAUGAAUUACCAUAUUGCGAUGAGCGAAUACUUAAAAUUAGAUGGAGCUCGGUCCUAUGUCGCAGGCCAGUGGUGACGCGCGAGGUGACGAUAAGCGGCCCUCGCGCUUCUUAUCGCACCAUAAUGCGAGGAAACGAGGCGACGGCGACGGCGGCGACUUGCACCGGUACAGGAAGAAAAAGGAAGAGUUAUCAAGAUUCGGCUGAGAUUCUUUCUCCGUUCUCCUCGCUACUUGUGCAUGCGAUCGUUAGUUCCGUAAAUAAAUCGCCGCGCCAAACGCGAGUGCCCUCGAUCCUGUACGAUCCUCGAUCAUCAUGGAUCGAGCGCAAUUCGAAUCCCCCAUUCAGUUUUCGAUAGCGGAGUAAGAAGAGAAAGAGAGAGAGACGUUUAUUUGCACCCUGGGACUAGUACCCUCAGGCGCUCAACCAGCAAAAUACAAAGCAAAUGAAAAGAGUACAAUAAGCCUCAAUUACCGUAGAUACACGACACAAAUUAUACAUCGCCUUACAUAAUAAAAAUAAAAUAAUAUAAAAAUAAAAAUAAAAUAAAAUAAAAUAACAAUAAUAAUAUAAGCACAGAAAGCAGGCAAAAUAAAAAGAAAGAAAAAUUCCCAAGCUCUACGUAAAUCAUGACCAGCAUGUAGUAAAAAGCCUGCUACAAAAAUUCAACUACAAAUACAAGCUACAAUAAACAUACUCUCUCAAAUAUAUCCAAUAUUAGAUUACAUUAGUACGCAUUACACAAAAAAUAAUCAUAUAAUUUACACUUAAAAUUCGAGACCGUAUCGCAAGAACUAAUUACACAAAAGAGAGAGAGAGAGAGAUAUAUCAUUUAUUGGAAGCGUUUCGCAUUCCGAGUAUUGUACUUGAGCCUAAUGAGAGCUUGAUAAGAUCUUAUUAAUACAGGAUCUCGAUUGUAGCAAUCUGCGUAUUAAGUGUGACGUAGUUUCACUUAUGCGAUUGUAGUCGCUUCGAGUUCCGAUAUCGAGACGCGUUCUCGCAAGUCCGAAUUUGGUCAGACUUGGGAGAACGCGGAGAGCUGCACAGAGAUGCGCAGAGGAGUAUUGCGGAAUCCAGCCGAGUCUUAUGUAACACAAUAUGUUAUAUUUCAGACAUGCAUAAUUCUUUUAUAGUCACAAUAUAGCCGAUGAACAGAAGGUGUCGAUUUGAAAGUGUUAAAUGGGAUUAGCCGAGAAUGGCGGGGGCUUUAGUGUUUUUAGAGAUUAAAUUUAAAAGAAUUUUAAAGAUUACUUUUUAAAGAUUAAAUUUCGUCACAGCAAAUGCAUUGUCAGACCACAGACAGACGUGUGCGUCUAUUUAGGGCGAAUUGCCUUACAGUUACACGCAUAACGCAUGCACGUCAUCGUAGCAACUUGCGCAACUAUGCGCUUACCUUUAUCCGGCCCGCCUUCGCUUUGCUAAUAAUCUAAACUAAUACAAAGCACGAUUACGUUCGACUGCAGGGAGCGAUCCGUGGAUCCUUGGUUUCUCGAUUAGCGGAAACCGCGUGUACAAACAUUGCAAACGCACUGACACAGGGAGCGUGGAAGAGACUGCGAAUGCGAGCGGAGAUUUCGUGAGAUGCUUGCAAGAUAUCGCGAUAUAUCCAACAUGGCGAUUUAAUCGAACCUAAUUGCUCAAAAAUUUUUUUUAUACACUUAUGUAACAAAAUGCUAGAUAAUCUCUUAGAAUUAAUGAUGAUAAAAUUGUAAGGUUAUUCUAGAAUAGUGUACAUUGCGCAUUAUUGCAAGUCUUCGCAACGAAAGAAUAUCGGGUGUUUUUGAACAUUUAGGGAAACUUCGUUCCACGCACGCGUGCGUGUGUGUGUAGGUGUGCGUGUUUAUCCUUGAUUGUUUAUGAUAAUAGACAUGUAAGACUUCCCGUAGCUGAUUGGUAAAGCGAGAAGCUGACGGUUCUGUGCUACAAAACAAGGAUCAAAAAUAUAAAAUAAAUAUUUUCCGUACGAAGGACUUUUGCUCUCGAGAAAAUUGAUUCCGCAAGAUUGGAAAAUUCUGAGAACGAAAUCGUACCAGCGAUAUGUCGAGCGACGUCGAGGAGGAACGGCAGCAAGAAGAAAAACCAUUCGCGGUGGAGCGCGCGAAGACUGGCCGCGCCAAGUGCAAACGGUGCAAGUGUGCGAUCGAGAAGGGCGAGAUAAGGGUCGCCAAGUACGUGACGAGUUUCUUCUCGGAUGGCAAACUGAUGCCGGCGUGGCAUCAUGUCACCUGCAUGUUUGAGGUGUUCGCUAAGCAACGGGCGACUACGAGAAGGAUCGACGAUCCGGCAGAAGACGUAAAGGGCUGGGAGGAGUUGUCCGAUGAUGACAAAAAGGUCAUCCUCGACAAGCUCGAGGAGCUCGAGAAAUCCUUUCCGGCUAAGGUUGCGAAGAAACCUGCGACACCACGGAAAGCGGGCGGCCCUUCAGGUAGUUCCCUGAAGAAGACGACGGAUCAGACGCCGAAGAAGGUCACGACGAUCGAUAAAGAGAAGCGUGAGGAGAAAGAUCGGGAAGAACGACAAAAGGUGCCCUCGAAGGACGAUUCGUUUCGCGAGUUUCGACGCGUAUGCAGCAACGUGGCCGAUGUCGACGCUUACACCGACAAGAGCGCAAUUAUCAAGAGGAUGUUCACGCAAGGGUCUCAUGGCGGCGGCUUUAAGGGUGACAUCGUGCUUUGGUGCAAGCUGUUGCUGCCUGGCGCCGUGAAGAGAAUUUACAAUCUGCAGAGCAAGCAGCUGAUCAAGCUGUUCGCGCGACUGUUGCUCCAGGACGAGGACACGAUGUUGGAGCAUUUGGAGCAAGGUGACGUGGCCGGGACGAUCAGCGUGUUCUUCGAAAAGAGCGUUGCCGUCUCGCCCUGCACCAAAAGCGCGUUGACGAUUCAAGAUGUCGACCUUUUUCUGGAAAGAUUAUCGCGUUUAACCAGGGAGGAGGAACAGAUCCAACACUUUCGAUCCAUCCUCGAUAAAUGUACCUGCAACGACCUUAAGAUGAUCGUGCGUUUGAUCAAGCACGAUCUGAGGAUCAACGCUGGCCCGAAGCACAUUCUCGAAGGUGUUCACGUGGACGCGUACAGAGCCUUUCAGAUGUCCCGGGAUUUGGAAGCGGUAAUACGACGUUUUCUACCGAGUUCGGGGGAAAAACCGUCCACCUCAGAUUCACCCUUAAGUCGGAAUAAAGUAGCCCUCUCGCUGAUGACACCCGUUCUACCAAUGCUGGCAGAAGCAUGCACAUCCGUGGAAAUGGCGAUGCGGAAGUGCCCCAAUGGAAUGUUAUCAGAGGUCAAGUACGACGGCGAGCGCGUGCAAGUGCACAAAAGCGGAAAUGACUUUCGAUACUUCAGUAGAUCCCUGAAGCCAGUUUUGCCGCACAAGGUGAACCUCUUCAAAGAUUACAUAGCGCAGGCGUUUCCCGAUGGUGACGAUUUAAUCCUCGAUUCCGAAGUCCUCAUGGUCGAUAACGAGACCGGGCGACCUUUGCCAUUUGGCACUUUAGGGGUCCACAAGAAAGCCGAAUUCAAGAAUGCUAAUGUGUGUCUUUUCGUCUUCGAUUGCUUGUAUUAUAAUGGCGAGAUACUUAUAAACAAGCCCAUGUUGGAACGCAGAAGAAUCCUGAAUGACAGGAUGACCGAAAUACCAAGCAGAAUAAUGCUGUCGGAGAUUCACGAAGUGCAUGACCCGCGAGAUUUGGCGGAGAGAAUCGUUCACGUACUGAAGCUCGGCCUGGAAGGUUUGGUUCUGAAGGAUAUUGAUAGCAAAUACGAGCCCGGCAAGAGACACUGGUUGAAGGUAAAGAAGGAUUACUUGUGUGGAGGCGCGAUGGCUGAUAGCGCAGAUCUCGUCGUGCUUGGUGCAUGGUACGGCACAGGCAACAAAGGCGGUGUGCUGUCAGUCUUCUUAAUGGGCUGUUACGACGAAGAACGCGAUAAGUGGCUAACUGUUACCAAAGUGCAUACAGGACAUGAUGAUGCCACUCUGGCGGUACUCCAAGACGAACUGGACAUGGUGAAGAUCGGCAAAGAUGCAGAGAAACUGCCGAGCUGGUUGCAUGCGAUAAAGCCUAUGAUACCGGACUUCGUGGCGAGAGAUCCUAAGAAACAGCCGGUAUGGGAGAUAACGGGCGCCGAGUUCACGAAUCAGGGAGUGCACACUGCCGAAGGUAUCAGCAUACGAUUUCCACGCGUGACGCGAAUCCGUCACGAUAAAGAUUGGUCCACAGCCACCACGCUGAAAGAAUUGCGCGCGCUCUUCAAGAAGAAGCCCGAGUCUGUCGACUUCGGUCUCCUGCUGGGAGCGUCGGCGAACACUGAGGAUGUGUCGAACAAGAGAGCGAUUAAUGUCUCCCCAAAAAAAUUCGGGAACGUGAAGAGAGAAACGAGUCCUCCGAAUGAGCCGUCGACGAGUUUCAAGGUCAAAGAAGAAAAAAGUCCGUCAAAGGUAAAAAAGGAAGCACUGGAUGUUCAGAUGACUAAAAAGGAAUCACGGAGUCCUUCGGGAAGAUUUCAUAAAAAACGAAAGAACGAUGAACAUGACGAGAGUUCAAAGAACGUCACAAAAGAAGAGACAUUGGAGAGGAAGAGGUUGAAAACGAAACACGAGAUUAAGCAGGAAACAGAGACUUCUACAUUGGCAAGAAACAAAGAAGAAAAAUCGGAUACGGAGAAUAGCAAACAGAAUCGUUAUAUCGAUCAUCUCGACGAUAGUAUAAACGCCGAAGAAUACUUGGAAUUCUCGACGGAUUUUGAUUCAGAUGUUGAAGAUAACAGGUCCAGUAAUGUCCUGCAGGAUGUCCGAGCAAGCCUCGCGCCCGACUUUGACAAAAGUAGGAGGAAGGAUACACGGAGAAUGCUGAGGACUCUUGGCGCCACGAUAACGGAGAAUAGAUUCGACUCGACCCAUGUCAUCCACACUCGCGCGGAAAUUCCGACUACAGUCGUCCUAGAGGAAUUCGCGGACUUCCCCAAGACCACCAAACAUGUGAAUGUGUCCUGGCUGGAGCAGACUGCCACGCUGUCCCGGAAGCAGGACGAGGGUUGGCACGCGGUACGACUCGUCGGCGAUUAUUGUAAUUGUCCCUGCACGCAUCGAUAACGCAGCAAGUAUAUUAUAUUAAUGUUCGCUGUAUGUUGCGAUGCGCAACGCAAUCGCUUCAUGUAAUGUUUGUAGAAUAAUACUGGAAUUAAAGCAUCCCACGAUGAAAAUAUAAAAACGAAUACAUUGUGGAAGAAAAAUCAUUGAUUAGAUUAACACUUGGCUUGAAUGAAUAAAGUUUACUGCUACAAAUUA